AUGGAUAUACAAGGAUUCCUAGCCACGGAACCCACUCGCGACCGAGAUGAUCUCGUCGACCUGCGCUCCCUUGAUCUCGUCUCCAGCUACGAUUCACAUCUUAUGUGCCCAAUCUGCCACUGCCCCUUCGUUGAACCAGUGCGCUUACAGUGCGACCAUGUCUUCUGCCACACAUGUCUACGAUCUGCCAUAACAACCUUCCGCUCGGCCGACUCGGACGAGUUCCCGUGUCCUUCUUGCCGCACCCCCACAAGCCGAGUCUCGAGAAGUGUGCCCCGCCUGCUGAUCAACAUGUGCGAUGAAAUCCAAGUGCGGUGUCCAAUGCAAGCGGAAGGAUGUUCGGAGCUCUUACCGCGAGGCCACAUCCAGUCGCAUGUGGAUAAGUACUGUGGGUACCGGCUAGUGCCGUGUCCGGACGACUCGUGCGAGAAGAAGAUUCGGAAGAAGGAUCUCCAAUCGGAGGAGAGGUGUCUACACGGAUACUUCCGAUGCGCUCGGUGUGAAGAAGAUGUGGUAGAGAAAGACUAUGAAGAGCACGACAAAGAGCUUUGCCCUAGUCUGGAGACCACCUGCGUUGAUUGCGGAAUGACUCUCCCACAGCGCGAACUAAAGGAACAUGUGGAUGCCUGCCCCGACGUCGUCACUCCUGCGCAGCAUCAAAAUACGGAUGUCCAGUCAAGAUCCGCCGAGGGGACAGCGCAACACACGAACAAACCUGCCCACUAG